UUGCCUUAUUAUUUCUCUUGGUUGUUUUGAAGAGUCUUAUCGAAUGCACCAUCGUCCUCGUUUACGGCAUCAUUACUACUUGUCCAUCCUGGAUAUCGAUAUCGACCCGCUGACCGCCAUCCACGUUUCCCCGCGAUCUGCCCUGGAUGUGAGCGCGCCAUCAUCGUGAUCUUUUCUCGACAACCUCUCUUCUCACCUUCAUCUUUUACCUCACCAUUCGUCUUUUACUCUUCAAGUAUGGCGGCCCCUCCAAAGACAGAAGCCCCGCCGGGCGCAACUUCAUCAACCCCGCCGCCUCCGGCUAUUGAGUAUUCGUAUAUGUAUGAGAAGGAUAAGAGUCCUUCAAAGCUAUUAGAUGCUCUAUUAAGAGCUAUUAGUCGUCAUAUUAUACUCGAGAUAGGCGAUAAAACCGUUUGUCACCUUACCCCGGAAAAGAUGGCCGCCUUCUACAGGGCUGUUGGAGGCGAUUAUGACUCUCUAUUUGAAAUGCCCCACGAGUCCAUCUCAUACAUCUGGCAGGUUACUGGAUGUCAACACACACUACAACCAACCGACGACGAUUUCGCACCACCGUCAAUACCUGCCCUCACCGCCCGAGGCUUUUCACGAUGGGAAUCUCUCGAGAUUCUUCUCGGUCCCGAGGAACACGUUCCUUUCUUACAGUUCGCCGUCAAGAACUGGCAGCUAAAACAUCCCGAGACCGGCCAAGACUUUCCGGCCGACCUACCUCCAACUGUAUUCCCAACACAAGCCGACGCCGAGGUGGAUCGAUGGCACAAGUCAUGCGCUGAGAAGUUACGAAAGGAAGCAAACGCUCGAGAGAGGGAGGCAUACAGAGAAGCUGCACGAGAACCAACUGGGCCGGGUGAACCUCCCGAAGGACCAGAGCCCAAAUUCGCCUACUCCCACGUGAGAGGAAGUGCAUUUGCUGGACCCCGAGCCAGGCCUGAACGACCGUUGUACAAUCAUGUGCCGGGCAGACAUGCAGGAGGGCGGCCAACCAGACCUUCACCUGAGAGGUACAACAGCCGCUCUGAUGAACAUGCCCGACGACGAAGCUUCUCCGACUAUAACCAGCAACCUUCGCCAGACGUACCACCACAUGCACCGCAUGCGCCCUCAGGGUCUUAUCUCGACCCUCAUGCGAAGCGGCCCGCACCGCCUCGUCGACACAGUCAGCCCAGGCACUACUCUUCAGAUUCUAGUGAUGAUGAGCCGGUACCUCCUCGUGCAAAGAGAAGACCUGAAGCAAGCCCGCCUUCGCCGACGACUCGUCGAUAUUCACCUACGAAUGAUCGCCCACCUCCUGUUGCUAGCAAUCCACCACCGACAUUCCGGCCUCAUCGCGCAGAUGGCAGAGCUUCUGACGAUUCCACUCGCCGAAGAUCAACACACAGCCCCAGCCUGCGAGAAAAGCUGACCGAGAAAGUCUCAAACAUUCUCCCCAACGGACUCAGCACCAACCCAGAUCGCACUAGAAAUCCGCCUAGAGCCCCAUCUUACAACACGGACUCUUCCCGCGGACGCCGAAGCCGAGACCGAAUUCCUCCAUCUCGACUUAGCAGAAGCUACUCCGACAUAUCAGGGGCUUCCUCAGAAGCAGAGUCCAGCGACGAAGAUUUCAAGCGAUCAAGGCGAAUGCGCGAAGAGCGAGAUAGAGAAAGGGAACGAGACCGUGAGCGGGAAAGGAUUCGCGACAGGGGUCGGCAGCGGGAGCUUGACCGGGAAAGAGAAGAAGAGAGACGUGAUCGGUACCUGCGCCGACCAGACAUGGAGAGACGAACUAGUAGCCAUGCAGAUGCCGAGCGAAGACGUGACUAUCCCGGAUGGGAUCCGCGAUCUGAGAGGAAGAGAUGGGAUAAGCGCAUGCCGCCUGAUGAGCGGGGGACAAGUCCCCUUGGGGUUUCUGGGAGACGGUAUGCUGAGCCGGCGUACCCUUAGUCUGGGGUAUGGAUUUAAUACCGAGAAUGGUAUAUACGUCAAGUGUUGAGCAUUGAGAGCGAUAUUGAGCAUUUUGAGAUUUCAUAUGGAUCUAUCUUGGAUAUAACGAGAUAUAGGGUUUGCAGA